ACAUUCACACACAUGUAGGUAAGCUUUUACAUGCAGCAUGAAUCUUGAGGUUGAAGUGAUAUCCAAAGUGAUUAUUCAACCAUCCUCUCCGACCCCAGAGCGGCUUAGACGCUACCAACUCUCUUUCCUUGAUCAAAUAACUCCCCCAGUUUAUAACCCUCUGGUCCUGUUCUACCCGGAAAAAUGUGAUACCCAAGAAAGCAAAAUCGAGAUUUCCAACCAGCUAAAGCAGUCCAUUUCCAAUGCCCUAACCUAUUUCAACCCUUUAGCCGGACGCAUUAGAGACAACUUGUUUGUCGACUGCAAUGAUGAGGGCAUACCCUUUGUGGAAGCCAGAGUCAAGUGCCAACUUUCAGAGGUCAUAAAAGACCCUGUCCCUCUUGAACUUAACAAAUUAUUUCCAUUUGAUCUAUAUGAUGCAGGAGAAUUGCCCCUAGGAAUCCAAUUCAAUAUUUUUGAUUGUCGAGGAAUAGGGGUCGGCGUGUGCAUUUCUCACAAACUCGGAGAUGCCCUUUCAUUUUUCACGUUUGUGAAUAUGUGGGCAGCCAUUGCUCGUGGGGAGAAGAAAUUAGUGACCCCAGAAUUUGUAUCAGCCUCGCUUUUCCCCCCACGGAGCAUAACGGGGUAUAACCCAAACAUUCGCCAAACCAAAGAAAAAAUUAUAACAAAGAGGUUUGUGUUUACAGCUUCUAAAAUAGAGGAAAUCAGAGGAAAAUAUGCUGACAAGACUAGCUCAGAAAACCCAAAACGCCCGACUCGCAUUGAGGCCUUGUCAGCUUUCAUAUGGAGCCGGUUUGUUGUUGCCACUAAGGUAAUAUCAAGACCUGAUACGUUUUGUGCAGUUUUUCACUUGGUAAAUUUACGUACAAGAAUGGAUCCGCCUCUGGCAGACUAUUCUUUUGGGAACCUUUAUAGCUUUGCAACGACAGUUCCGUCCAUGGACAGUAGAGAAAAUUGUCAUAAUCUCGUUAGUCAAAUAAGAGACUCCAUAAGAAAAAUCAACGUAGAGUACGUGAAGAAGGUACAAGAUGGACAGGAUCACUUGGACUACAUCAAAGAGAUAGCCGAAAGACCCAUCAGAGGGGAGACAAGUUUCUUUAGUUGCACUAGUUUAUGUAGGUUUCCCCUAUAUGAAGCUGAUUUUGGUUGGGGGAAACCGAUUUGGGUAGGUUCUGCCGCUCGAGCUUCCACGAAUGGAGUAAUUUUCCUGGACAGUGCUUCGGGUGAUGGAAUAGAGGCUUGGGUUAAUCUGAAGGAGGAAGACAUGGCAAAAUUUGACUGUGACGAGGAAUUGCUUGCUUAUAUUGCCCCCAAAAACAACUGA